AUGUCGACCUGGGUCUCUCCCUCCAUGUCCCGCUUCAAUCAAAGCUCCACCUCCACCACAACCUCCUCCUCCCACGCCUCCGACCAGCCAUCACCCUACGCACCUCAAUACGAACCCAUUCAACUCGGCUCCUCCUCCCUGCUCAAGCCUCUCACACCACCUCAGGUGUCCAAUCUCACACCGUCCACGUGUCUCGCCAUCUCGGAGUUCAAAGAUCUCCUCCGUCAGUAUCGGCAGUUGGACGAUGGGAUCACGACACGACUCAACCGAAGCUUCGCACGGUCUCGUGCUCUGGGUCAAUCAACAUCGCCAUCACUGCUGUCUUCGAGCAAGAUGAACUCGGCGAGCUCGAUGGAUUUGGGUACGAGUACGUACGGUACACCGGCACCGGGAGCAUGUGCUGCAUUCUGGAGGGAACUCGUCGACGUGUGGAUCGGUCGAGAAGAAGUUGUGAGGUUUUGCAUUCAGGUCGCCGACCAAGCAUCGAACCCAACUCGAUCAGCAGCAGUAAAUGCCGGUGCAGAUAGCUUGCUGGAUGCGGACUUUCGACCAAAACAAGAGAACAAGACGGAAAAAUGGAGCCGAGCAGAGAAUACAUCAGAGACGUUGGCGAGACAGCUGCACAACGAGCUCAAGGUGGAGAGCAUCAUUCGCGCGAGGAGUCUGGACGCUUUCAAGUCGAGGUGCAAGUUCUUCACACCGAGUCCACAGGCAGGACCGGAAGGGGAGAGGGAGAGAGCGAUGUGGGAGGGUAGACCGACCCCGGCGGCGAUGGCUAGUGCAGAUGGCGUUAGUAGGCCUUAG